AUGUUACGGUGGACUGUACUUAAUCAAAGCGAUGCUGUAGAAAGUCGAAAUGAAGCAGAACUUAAAGUUGAGAAACUUGUUCGAACCUACAAUCGAGCUCUCUUAUUACAUCAGACCAAACAGCAUGAUGAAGCCAAGCAACUAUAUCAAGAAAUAUUGACCAAUGAUAUGAAAAGUUUGGAAUCUCUCAAAGAUGAAUUCCAGACAGAAACAAGUCGAGAACUAUUGAGAAAUAAUUUGCCUUACUUGACCUACAAAAACUAUGCAGAAAUCCUAAAAGAAGAAUACAACGUAUCCAAUCCAAAAGAAAGUUCAAUUGGAAAGAAAGCCAUCAAACUUUACUUAAAGGCUUUGGGUACAGAUCCAACAGAUCCCACAGUUUGGUGCAAAGUAGGAGACUUGUCGCUCCAAUUGGACUGCAAAAAAGUAGCGCUAAAGGCAUAUCAGAGAGGAUUGUCUGCUACGCUAGGGUUCCCAAAAACUAUUGAAUUUUCUGUCAUUGAUGAUGUAAAACCAUUUGUAUUUGACAAUACUAACAAAGUAUUCCUGGAAAAGAUCCAGUUCAGUUUCAUAUCUCCAAAUAUGUGGAGAUGCCUUGAUGGUAUCUGCACUGUGUGGGAUAGUCUGGGUGCGGCUUUCAAGAUUGGCAAUAUUUUUGAAUGUACAUUCUAUAUCGACUCUAUUCUUCCCAAAUAUCCACAUUGGCCAGUUGGGAAAAAGCUUCGAAAAGAGAUCGACAAAGAGAGGGAUAUGGAUAUAUUUAUCAAUCAAGGCGACAAUUAUGGUGAUGAUAGUGAAGAUGAGGUGACCAUGUAUUAA